UCGUGCUGCCUGCGACCCUUCGACCUCCUGUCGAAGGAACGGUCCCCCGGGAGCGGCAGAUUCGAUUAUAUCGAAUAUAUUCCCCUCCGCCAGGUGAUGACCGCUCCCUUUUGCGAUUCCGACGAAAUAAUUAUGUAACGGACGAAAAGAGAGAGAGACUGGCUCGGUAUUAUUAAGAGAAAGAGUGGGAGGGAGCACUUGGCGAUUAGUUCGUAUUAUUAUAUCGCGUCACCGAGGGGGUUGAGUCUUCUAUUUUGUUAUUUCAUCACUCCAAACAGUCAUCAUCUUAUACAAUAAGCAUUUUAUCAAUAUAUAAAAGAUCAUCCGAUGCGGUGAAAAUUGCGGCGAUAUUGCUGCGAUAUUCUGAUGUUAUAAACAUUGUUGCUCAUUUUGCCUGAAAGAGAACGCAAUUAAUCCGGAAUUAUUGUAGCAAUAAGAAGUCAAUAUUUUGAUUGAAAUUAUGGCGUAAUAAAUGAAUGUUCCUUAAAACAAGUAUAUUUUAAACAUAUUGUGCCGUUGCAAUGGUAUCACAAAGAAUACAUUAAAUGUUUGCAUAUUAUGCCUAACAUUUCUGUCUACAGCCCGGUUUUUCAUUUUCCGAUUAACUUGUGGUUGAGACUUAAACUAGUGAUAGUACAAAAAUCGUGUUUUUCUAUUCAUAGUUAAUCAUGCAACCGAUGGUUUUGUAAAGGUAACUUUAAAAACUUAAUGAUUAACCAUGAAUAGAACAAUAAUUUUCAUGUCAUCAUCAUUAAGCCUAAAUCGCAAGUUAAGCAGAAAAUGAAAAACCUGGACUGUCUGGGGUAUGGUCAGUUAUAAAAAAGUUGAAACUUUUUUUUCUACGAAUUUCGCAACGCAUCUCGUGAUCAAUAGAAAAAUUAGUCUCUCUUGAGAAUGACUAAAAAAACAAAUUCUCCCAUUCGAUACGGGGUGCGUUUUGAAACUUAUAAAGAAAGUGUCGUAACUUUUUUGUGACUGACCGUGCAGUAAGUGGCAGAAAGGCAGAACGACACUUUCACCCUGAUGCAACGUCAGAGUGCAUUCGAUAUCCAAUAGGGGGAAACUUCUCUGAAUAUUACUAGAAAGAAAUCCUCCCAUUGGACAGAGACGCAUUGCGAAAACUCAUUGAAGAAAAUGUUGCGAACUUCUGCCAUUGACUGUGUGGCUGCGUUCCGAUAUUCACUGCCAGUACUGAAAAUCCAUAUACAGUGUAGUUCAUGUAGUUCAUGUUACAUAUGUUAUAGAUUUUCAGUAUUGCCAGUGAAUAUCGGAACUCAGCUUAUGUACAUGAUGGGUUAUAUGGUGGUCGAGGCUGGCGACGUGAUACUCAGGGUGAACGAAGUCGAUGUCAACCGAUUUAGUACGAAGGAAGUACUAAAAUGCCUGCGGCUCUCUUCGGACCCUGUCACUCUGAAGCUGCGAAGAGAUCCUGCAGUGAAGGCGCACGUCCGUCGCCUGCUGUCGCCUGGACAACCCACCAACGAGGAGGAAUCCACUACGGAGUCUUCCAAAGAGAAUCCUCCUCCGGUAAGCAAAGAGGAUAAGGAGUUGGCGGAGGUGCCCUCCGCAGGCUCGCCGACGCCGGUAACGAUGACAGCAGCGACGAGGAGCAACGGCUCGUGCAGCGACGCCUCCGUCUCGUCGGAAUUGGAGGCGCUCCUGCCGGCCGCCGUAGACCACUUCAAAGAAGAGGAAAGAUCUCAAUGGGAGCCUCUCGGCACGAGUGGCGAAAAAUUCACCCGGCAGAAGAACACACCUAGGUUCGAGGCGUACAUGAUGACCGGCGAUCUGAUGCUCAACCUCUCUCGCACUCAGCAGAGCAGCAACCUGCUACCGAAGCAGCAGCAGCAGCAACAGCAUCAGAAGAAGAUCGACUCCCUUAGGUACAAUCCCAACCACCACUCUUACACCGUCACCACCACCACCACCCACCACAAUCACCACCACCACCAUCAUCAUCACCACCAGCACCACAACUCGGUGCCCAGCAGCCCCAACGACAACACGUUGGCGCACCAUCAUCAUCACCAACAUCACCACUAUCACCAACGCGCUACUUACAAGUCCUCUAGCUCGGCUAGCACGUCGCCCGUGGGCACCGGUAGACGCGACGGGGCGCAGGGUGCCCCAGGCUCGCACCAGAUCGACUCCAGCAACAAGAAUACCCCCUCGAGCUUCGGUUUCGUUCGAACCUCGCGGUCGGAGGAUCACUUGCAGUUCCAAAAAGACCCCUCUAUGAGCGCCGUGGAUAUCGACAUCGACGACGACGUCACCAGCAGCCUAAAUACCCUGUUGGACCCGCGACCGGAAAUCGGUCUUAUGCCUAACGAGAGGAUCGUCUGGACGUAUAACGCGCCCGUCAGCUCGCCCGCCGCCUCCUGCUGCCAAAACGGCGGCUCUUCCUCCUCCUCUUCUUCUUCCUCUUCAUCCUCUUCAUCAACCAGUCCUCAGCGUUCGCUGUCCCCUGCCUCCCCCACCUCCGUCUCUUCCUCCGUCAUGUCCUCCAACUCUGGCUCGCGCAGGUUCCCGCCGGCACAGACGAUUCCUGGAGUCUCCGGGGUCUCUGGCACCCCGGGCGGGCUUCUACCGGCGAACGGUGAUCUCAGCCAGUCGGAGGCCAUCAGCAACAUGUCAAGUCCGGACUAUAACGACGAAGAGACCAUGGAUAUCCUCAGCGCGAGGGAUAUCAUGAUGGUGAGCGACCCCAGCGACAGCGACUCCACUAUCUUGGCGAGCGAACCACCCCAAAGGAGGCUGAAGAGCAGCAACCCCCAAGACAGCGGCAGCGAUCACAGAAUCGUGAUACAAGUCAAGGGUCCCGACAAAGAAGCCGCCGCCGCGCCGAGAAACACGAGUCCCAGACAAGCGAGGAGACGAGGCAAUCCUGGAAAUGCUGAACUCACGCCUCCUCCUGCUGCCGUGCAGAAUCUGCCGAGGACGCAAACUGCCGCGGUGACGGGGGUCACGACGGGGUCAGUGGCACCGGAACACGUUGGCUAUCAGGAGCUGAAGGAAUGCGAGGACGACAAAGACGCCUCGACGGUGUUGUACGACGAGCAGAAAGUAGGGCACGGGGGUGGCGGGGUGUCGCCGCCGCAGUCGGCCGACGAGGAGAGCGACAUCGAGAGCCUGCACAGCUUCCACUACAGUCCAAAGGCGGUGGACCUGCCAUCGGCCGUACGGUUGGCCAAGCGUCUCUACUCUCUGGACGGUUUCAAGAAGUCCGACGUCUCCAGGCAUCUCAGCAAAAACAACGACUUCAGCAGAGCCGUGGCCGAGGAAUACCUGCGUUACUUCAACUUCGAGUGCGAUACCCUGGAUGUGGCUCUUAGGAAAUUCCUCGCCCAGUUCUCCCUCACGGGAGAGACUCAGGAGAGGGAGCGGGUCUUGGUACAUUUCUCCAAGAGGUUUUUAGACUGCAAUCCCGGCACUUUCAAUUCUCAGGAUGCCGUUCACACGUUGACUUGCGCGAUAAUGUUGCUCAAUACGGAUCUGCACGGCCAGAACAUCGGCAGGAAGAUGUCGUGCUCGGAGUUCAUCGAGAACCUGUCGGAGCUCAACGACGGCGACAAUUUUCCACGGGAGGUGCUCAAACAGCUCUACAACGCCAUCAAGUCCUUUCCUCUCGAGUGGGCCCUGGACGAAGAGGGGGAUGAAACGACGACUCAGGUGAUCCAGCAGGGCGACGGGCCGGCGAUCGCCGGCACCGGAAAUCCAUUUCUCGACGUGCCAAAUGUCACAGGCGCCACGGAGUUCAAGAAGGGUUACGUUAUGCGAAAGUGCUGCUACGACUCCAACGGCAAAAAGACUCCGUUCGGCAAGCGCGGAUGGAAGAUGUAUUACUGCACGCUGCGCGAACUGGUGCUGUAUCUGCACAAGGAUGAGCACGGUUUCCGCAACGAUAGCCUGCACAACGCGAUACGCAUCCAUCACGCGCUCGCUACCAAGGCGUCUGACUACACGAAGAAGCAGCACGUCUUCCGCCUGCAAACCGCCGACCAGGCCGAGUACCUCUUCCAGACCAGUGACUCGAAGGAGUUACAAUCGUGGAUUGACACUAUCAACUUUGUGUGCGCGAGCUUCUCGUGUCAGCCUCUGGCCGGUGCCGUGGGCUCGCAGCGCAAAUUCCAACGCCCGUUGUUGCCUUGCAGCCACACUAAACUGGAUUCCAGAGAGCAGUUGCGGGACCACGAGGACAGGGUCAACAGGUUGGAGGCGGAGUUGGACGAACACAGGAGGCAUCCGCCGGAGAGGAGUGCCAAAGCUCUCACUGUACAGAAUUAUAAGGAAAAGGACGCGUAUCUUCAUCACGAGUUGAAACGAUACAAGACGUACGCUUAUCUCCUGCGUUCUCGGCUGGCGUUCAGCGAGGUGGAGCCUUCCUCGCUGGCGGAGAGCAGCAUUGGCGAGGUAGACGAGAGUGGAGGCUUAGGUGGGCCUCUGGUGAACGUUACGGCAACGGAAAUGGGAGGCGGCGGCGGAAUUGGCGGCAGCCUGGUGCCACCGCCGGUCCCUGAGCGACCCAACGCCAAUAGGUACAGUUACCGGGCUGCCAUUUACAGUCGUAACCUGCUCAACGGCCAACAACAACAGCAGCAGGAGCAGCAUGCCUCAUCCGACAUUGGUUGACGCGUUAUGGGUGUGCUUUCAGCGUGUGUGGUCUAGUCUGACCCCGGUAGUGCUGGUGGUGUGGUGCUCUGGUGGUGGUGCCGAUGGUGGUGCUGGUGGUGGUGGUGCUGUUAUCAGUUUGACAGUUGACGCAAACUAACGAUAUACCCCUCUGGGUGGCGUGUCGCACUUGGAAACUGUAAUCCGUAGUUUUUCUGUGUACAUUCAUUUAUACAGUGGCGUAACUAUCGAUAUAGAAACGCGGGAAGGUCCUAGAGACCCGUCUCCUUCCUAGAUAUUCAUGGUACCUUCGAACUUUUAACCUUUUCUUUUUUGCUAAGGAAUUCUUUCGCUUCUUCAGAAUUUGUCUGCCAUUGUACCUCCGUUUCUUUUCUUUCUCUCUUUCUUUUUCGAUCUUGUUUUGUUUUUGAGAAAUUUCAAACGCCAAUUUGUGCGCGUCUUGCAUUCGAAUUCCUGUUUCAUUAUUCUCACUUUAAAUUGCAACAAUUGCUUCUCAGUCAGUUUUCUUUAUUAAUAGUAACUACGCCACUGACCACCACCGUUGACCGUUUACGGUAUCAUCUGUUUGAUAAUCGCGACAGCUAUUACGCCAUUUUACAUGCUCUAAUGUGUACCGCAAUUCAUCUCAUUGAUUCACCGAAUGUUCAUGAUUGAUAUCUUCAUUUAUUCGCGUGGUAUUCUUAUUUAACUCAUUAAUGGCAUAGCAUAGACGCACAGGGUACUUCUACAUCCCUUCGGCGAGCUUCCGCAGUGAAUUGUUCACGUUGCAGCAAACAAAAAAAUGUUGAAAUUUGUUUAUUGCAUUGUGAAGAAUUCACUCCAGAAGUUUGUCAAAGGAAUUGAGAAACACCCUGUAUUUGUUUAACCCAUUAACGACUCCAUUACGUACGGCCAAUGAAGAACAAUGGAGUUCCCGAAAAUACAUGUAUUUUCUAUAGAUAUAUCGAUUAGUCUUGAAAAUUCAGGUAAGUGUCCAUUAUAAGCAUUUUGUCAAAUGAAGAGAAAAAAAGCCUGAAUACUUCGCUAAAUCGCGUUUACUAAAGAAUUCUUUGAAGUUAAUUUUUCGAUAUUCUCGAUUCCUUAUUUUUCUUUUUCUCGUUUCUCUCUUUUUUUCUGCUUUCUGACGAUCUUAAUUUAUUCUUCCGCAAAGUAUCGUGUUUCACAACUGAAAAUAUAUAGAAAGAUAUUUCAACUACUUUCUUUCACUAUAUUGUUAGUUUGCGCCCGAAUAUUAGUAACAUUAUACAAAUUGAAAUCUCAGAUAUAUACCGAAUGAGAGCUGAGGGAGGUGCUGUUAAGACUGAAUAGAGAAAAGCGUGUGAGCCGUUUUGCGACCGCAGAAAAGAGAAAAACGACGACCUACGAUCUUUUAAUUAUUUUGACACGGUCAUUGACCUUGUAAAUUCGUGAUUUUGCGAUUUUACGAUUUUACAUUACAUUCAAAUAAUGACUCGUUUCUUUCUUAACGAUAUUUUUACUGGACUUUGCGAACUCGAUAAUACUCACAAAUGGUUAUAUUCCUUUCUGCAACAAGGAACGCUAAUUAAAGAAAAAAAAUAGAUAAGUCUAAAAUAGGUCUAAUAAAAUACAUCACCAUAUUUUUAUUUUAAUAAAAUUUUCGUCUUCCUAAUUUUUAUAUGAUAACAAAGCUUUCUGUGUGUGUUUUUUUUUUAUUCGCAUCGACUGAAUCUUGCAACAGCUUGUGUAUGUAUAUACAUUUGUUAUAUUCCAAUUUACAUUCACAAUAGAUAUUUAUUUUUGUAUGCGAACACUGAUUAUUUAAUUAAGUAAGCGUCAAAUGGACAAUUAACAUUCCACGAAUGUUAGAAGAUUAAUAUUGGAGAAAAAAACAUAAUUUUGUUGUAAGCCGAGUGAUUUUGUUAAUAAAGAUUAGGACGAGAUUAAUAAAAAGUUGUCGAGAUCAUAGUGAUCUUUUGAAUUUAUAGGAAUUUUAGUGAUUUUAAAUGCAGUUUAUAUAGUAUGUCAUAUAUGGAUAAAGAACAUAUAAAUAAUAGAAAUUAUGAUAAACGAAAUUAUUAUGUAAGAGAUACGAAUGUUUCAUCAGAUAUACUAAUAUGUGCAAAUAUGCAAGGUUACUUGGAAAGUAUCAAUUUAAUGUUGUUCAACAAAUUCGGAGAUUAUUUCUGUUUGCCUUAAAUAUAUAAUUAUUUGAGUAAAAAAUAAUUAUAUGUAUUUUUUCAUAAAAAAUUAUGUUUUGUAAAUUCAUACAUAUGCAAAUAUCCCAUAAAUAAAAAUUUCGAAAUUAAUUUAAGAGAGU